AUGAUGAAUAGUUUAUUGAAGACAGGAUUGUUGAAGACAUUAUCUAAGGAUUUAUGUCAUCUUCUUGACGAAGCAAUUGAAUCUAAUGUAUUAAUCACUGUCGGUACUGCAAUUGAUAUGUUAGUAACUCUCGAAAUUCUAAUCGCCACCGACGAGCUUUGUCUCACUGAAUUAGCCGAUUACAUCAUUGACUACCUUUUUGACAAUCAAUCAUGGAUGCGAGAGAAUUUUAUUUUAAUUUAUCAAACAGCAUUUCUUAAGGGGUCAUUUAAGGAUCUUCAAUUAUUUUGUUUGGAAAUUAUUGAAAAGACACCAGAUAUAAUAUUCAAGGCCAAAGAUUUUACUGACACUGAUCCAAAAUUGUUAGUUGCAUUAUUAGAACAUAGUAACUUACUCACUCCGGAAAUUGAAGUUUGGGAUGCACUUAUUGAAUGGGGAACGUUUAAUACAUCACCUCCUCUCGAUAUAGAUAAUACAAUUUGGUCAAAUGAAUCAUUUGAAAAAUUACAAGAAACUUUACAACAAUUUAUUCCUCUUAUCAAUUUUACCGUAAUUUCAUCAAGUGAUUUUUAUCAUAGGAUUAUACCAUUUCAACGCAUUCUUCCAAAUGAUUUAUAUGAUGAUUUACUUAAAUUUCAUUUAGCUCCUCAAAUCAAUCCAUCGCAUCCUUUUUUACCAAUUAGAAAUACACACGGACCCUCAUUUGGUGAUGGUGAUUUAUGGGUUAAAGUCACUUGUGUUGGUAAAAAUGUUACUCUUCCUAGUUUUUGUAGACCUAGAAGUUACGAUAGAAGAAUUUUUGAUUUGGAACAAUUUCAUGUUGAAGAUUAUGAAGUAUUUCAGAUUGUUAGAAAAACAACUGUUAUUUAUCUCUAA